AUGGUAUCUAUUUUCUCGUUACCGAGUAAUGCUUCCGUUGCACUAAAAUCAACACAAAUUUAUCCCCACCUGAAUAAUCAUACAACGUUCCCACAACAACAUGACCGUCGUCAAUAUGAUACUUUGCAGUCCACCAAUCCAUCGUCAAGGUCUGAAAGUCCAUCAACUCCAUGGCUAAAUCUCACUGAUGUAAGACCAGCCGAUAUUCAAUAUGAGAAACCUCCUUCGUCAAAUAAUCCUGAAAACGAUAUGAGGCUAUUCGAUAAAAUUCACGGCUCAAUGAUCGGGAUGGCUAUCGGCGAUGCUUUAGGGGCACACGUUGAGUUUCGACCCCGAGCUUAUCUUGAACAAAAUCCUGUCAGUGACAUGCAAGGUGGUGGAACGUGGGGAUUAAAAGCUGGACAGUGGACCGAUGAUACAUCCAUGGCGCUCUGUUUGGCCGCGAGUCUCAUUGUAAAUAAAAAUUUUAAUUCUUAUGAUCAGCUCGUUCGAUAUAAAUGGUGGUGGAGAAAAGGUUACAUGUCGUCCAUAGGAAAAUGUUUCGAUAUUGGCAAUGCAACAAAAGCAUCGCUCGACGAAUUUGUCAAUCGACAACACAAAUUUUGCGAAUUAUACAAAAUUAAGGAUUUCAAAGAGCUUGAUCAGUUGUCUGAUGAUCUAUCAUCAAAAUUCGACACGAACUGUAGUCGAGAUAAUGUCGAUAGUAACGGCGCUCUGAUGCGUUUAACACCGAUUCCGCUGUUUUACUGUCAGUCUGAAUCUGGUACAUACGCUGUUCACUUUGCUGGCGAAAGUGCUCGUGUAACCCAUGGUGGUCAGAAGGCUAUUGAUGCAUGCCGCUUCUAUGCCGCACUUAUUUACGCUGCCGUACGAGGAAAACCAAAGAAAGAGCUAUUAGAUCCACAAUUUUAUAAACAAUGUUUUCAGGCUGGAUGGUUUGGUCAAAAGCAGUUACAUCCUGAUAUUGUGCAAAUCGCAGAAGGUUCAUAUCAAAAAAAAAAUCGACCCGAAAUAAAAGCCGGUGCCAUGGCCGUUGAAGCAUUAGAAGCGGCGUUAUGGGCAUUUUUUCAUGAUAAUAAUUCAUUUCAAGUGGGAGUACUGAGCUGUGUUAAUCUGGGUGAUGAUACAGACACAGUGGCCGCUAUUUACGGUCAAUUAGCCGGAGCAUGCUAUGGUGUUGAAAAGCUACCUCUAAAUUGGAUACAGCAAAUAUACGCAAAAAAUUUCAUUGCUAACAUUUCUGAUUGGCUUCGAUUCGAAGGAGCUCAAUGGUGGGAAAAGAAAAAGAACAUGAGAGGCUCGACAUAA